AUAGAAGUUAUGGCAAGAAUUAGGAAAAGAAAGAUCACAUCCAAAUUGAUUGAAAAUUUUAGUCAAAGAAAAAUGUGUUAUAAGACAAGAUUAAAAGGGUUGUUCACUAAAAUGGAGCAGGUGACAACCCUUUGUGAUCUGCAGGCAUGUGCGGUUGUGUUUGGCCCAGGUGAUGCGACACCUUCAAUGUGGCCAUCUUGUGAUGCUGCUGAAAAACUCAUACACAAGUUUGAGUCGAUGCCGGAACAUGCACGAUUUAAUAAUGUGACUGAUCAAUUGUCUUUUUUGAAGGAGAAAGGUAAAAGACUUCAAGCUACCCUUGACAAGAUCAUGGAAGAUAACGAAGAUACACUAAUGGGAUCUUACCUGUAUCAAAUUGAAAAUGAAAGUAAGUCUUUAACUGACUUUGAACCUAGUGUAUUGAAUCGUUUAAUUAAUUUUAUGCUAAAAAAGUAUAAGAUAUUUAGUUCAAGAGUAGAGUAUUCUGAAGAGGAUGUGUCUCGAGAAAAUUUUGGAGUUUUUCGUAACACCACUGAUCCUAGUGUUGGGGUUGGUGAGGUGUUUUCUGAGAGAAAGUUUGAGGGUUUUAAUGGUGGAAGUAGUUCGAGAAUGUUUAAUGAAGGAAAAUAUGGAUGUUUCAAUGGAGAAAAUUACCCGAGUUCUGAGGCAUUUCGUCCUAACAUGUUUGGAGUUCUCAAUGGUGAAAAUAGUCAAUCAAAUUUAUUUCCUCAAGGUGAUUUGAAAGGUUUUUAUGGUAUCCCUACCAAUGAUGGAAGUGACAUGACUAUGCCAAUACCUUUGAACAUCAAUGAAGAGAACAACAAUGGAAGAAAUAUGACAAGUUUCAAUGCAAACUUUGCCGACAAUAUCUAUGGAAACAAUUUCAACAAUAGAUUUCUCUAAGCAUUUUUUUCUAUAAACAAUA